GCACGCAGCGCUGCAUCCAUCCACACUCAGCGGCGGAGAUGGCGGACCCUGCGGAGUGUAGUAUCAAGGUGGUGUGUCGCUUCAGGCCGCUCAACAGCUCGGAGGUGGCCCGGGGAGACAAGUACAUCCCCAAGUUUGUGGGGGAUGACUGCGUGCAGAUCGCGGGUAAACCGUUCUACUUUGAUCGUGUAUUCCAGUCCAACACAUCUCAGGAACAGUUCUACAAUGCUUGGGCUCAGAAGAUUGUCAAAGAUGUUCUGGAUGGAUACAACGGGACAAUAUUUGCCUAUGGGCAGACCUCCUCUGGCAAAACACACACCAUGGAGGGAAGACUCCAUGACCAAGAUAUGAUGGGAGUCAUUCCCAGAAUUGUUCAUGACAUUUUCAACUACAUUUAUUCCAUGGAUCAGAACCUGGAGUUUCAUAUCAAAGUUUCCUAUUUUGAAGUUUAUCUUGAUAAAAUCAAGGACCUGUUGGACGCAUCAAAGAUCAACCUUUCUGUGCAUGAGGAUAAAAACAGGGUGCCCUAUGUCAAGGGGUGUACUGAGCGUUUUGUGUGCAGUCCCGACGAGGUCAUGGACGCCAUAGAUGAAGGCAAAAACAGCAGACACGUGGCUGUCACAAACAUGAAUGAGCACAGUUCCCGAAGUCACAGCAUCUUCCUCAUCAACAUCAAGCAGGAAAACUCUCAGACUGAACAGAAAAUGACCGGAAAACUCUACCUCGUCGAUUUGGCUGGGAGUGAAAAAGUGGGUAAAACCGGAGCAGAGGGCACGGUGCUGGAUGAAGCCAAGAUGAUCAACAAGUCUCUGUCUUCACUGGGGAUUGUCAUCUCAGCUCUGGCAGAGGGCUCGGCCUAUGUCCCGUAUAGAGACAGUAAGAUGACCAGAAUCCUGCAGGACUCUUUAGGAGGGAACUGUCGGACGACCAUGGUCAUCUGCUGCUCGCCCUCCUCCUACAACGAUGCAGAGACCAAGUCUACACUGCAGUUUGGACAAAGGGCAAAGACCAUAAAGAACACAGUGACCCUGAACGUGGAGCUGACCGCAGAGCAGUGGAAGAGCAAGUGGGAGAAAGAGAAGGAGAAGAACAAGACGCUGAAAAACACCGUCAACUGGCUGGAGAACGAGCUCAACCGCUGGAGGAACGGAGAGAAUGUGCCAGCUGAUGAACAGUUUGAUAAAGAGAAGGCCAAAGCAGAGGUCCUGGCCAUAGACACCGCCCUCAACAACGAUAAGACAGCACCCACACCCGCCGCCCUCAGCACCCUGCCCGGGGUCACACUCUCCGGGCCGGAGAAAGAGAAGUGCGAGGCCGAGGUGGCCAAACUCUACAAAGAGCUGGAUGACAAGGACGAUGAGAUUAACCAGCAGUCUCAGUUGAUGGAGGAGCUGAAGGAGCAGAUGUUGGACCAGGAGGAGCUCUUAAAUUCCUCCCGACGCGACCACGACAUCCUGCAGACGGAGCUAAACCGGCUGCUGGCGGAGAACGAAACCUCUAAGGAGGAGGUGAAGGAGGUGCUGCAGGCCCUAGAGGAGCUGGCUCUCAACUAUGACCAGAAGAGUCAGGAAGUCGAGGACAAAUCACUCGAGUUUGAGGCCCUCAGUGAGGAGCUGAACCAGAAAUCGAACUCCCUGACCUCCAUCGACUCGGAGCUGCAGAAGCUGAAGGAGAUGACCAACCACCAGAAGAAGAGGGUCACUGAGAUGAUGUCGUCGUUACUCAAAGACCUGGCUGAGAUCGGCAUCGCUGUGGGAAGCAACGACAUUAAGCAACAAGAGAGCAGUGGCCACAUUGAUGAAGAGUUCACUAUGGUGCGUCUCUACAUCAGCAAGAUGAAGUCCGAGGUGAAGACGAUGGUGAAGCGCAGGAAACUGCUGGAGAGCUCCCAGGCCGAGAGCACCCAGAAGAGGGAUGAGACGGAGCUGGAGCUGACGUCCUGCCAGCUCCGCAUCUCCCAGUGUGAGGCAAAAAUCAAGUCCCUGACAGACUGCCUCCUGAAUGUGGAGCAGAAGAAGAGACAGCUGGAGGAAACUGUGGACUCUCUCAAUGAGGAAAUAGUCAGGAUCAAAGCUCAAGAGAAAGUCAACACCAUGGAGAAGGAGAACGAGGUUCAGUCUGCUAAUGAAGUCAAGGAAGCUGUGGAGAAGCAGAUCCAGUCCCACAGAGAGACCCACCAGAGGCAGAUCAGCAGUCUGAGAGAUGAGCUGGACACCAAGGAGCGAGUCAUCACAGAGCUGCAGGAUCUGAACCAGAAGAUCAUGCUGGAGCAGGAGAGGCUGAGAGUGGAGCAUGAGAAGCUCAAAGGUGUCGACCAGGAGAAGAGCCGUCAACUGCUAGAACUCACGGCGUUGCAGGACAGACAGGAGCAGGGCAGACAGGACCUGAAGGGACUAGAGGAGACUGUGGCCCGGGAGCUGCAGACACUUCACAACCUGAGGAGGCUUUUUGUCCAAGACUUGUCCACUAGAGUCAAAAAGAAUGCUCACAAUGACUCCGACGAGGCAGAACUCAGCACUGCCCAGAAACAGAAGAUCUCUUUCCUGGAGAACAACCUCGAGCAGCUAACCAAAGUUCACAAGCAGCUGGUGCGGGACAAUGCCGACCUUCGAUGUGAGAUCCCUAAGAUGGAGAAGCGCCUGCGAGCCACCGCUGAGCGGGUCAAACCCCUGGAGACCGCCCUGAAGGAGGCCAAAGAGAAUGCAGCCCGCGAACGAAAGAACUACCAGCAGGAAAUGGAGCGCAUCAAGGACACUGUCAAGCCCAAAAACAUGGGCAGGAGAGCCUCGAUCGCCAAGCCCAUCAGACCAGGCCAGCUGAGUGCUCCCCUGAUCCCCAGCGUCAACAGGUCCAACCUCAUCCAGAACAACCAGCCCACCGGCAUCAAAGGAGGAAGUAACAACAGGCGAGAGAAGAAUGCAUCAUGAUCCAUGAUUACUCAGUCCCAUGUUUAAAACAGCUGAUAUAGACAGAUAAGAUAUCCAACCUUUUUUUUCCUUCUGUUUUCCUCUACAGCUGAUGAGGACGCUGAUAGACCCCCCUCCCCAACAACAUGAAGCCAAAGACCACAACACUGAUCUUCCACCUGGAAUCACUGCACUAUUCUUCCAAACUCAAAGUGCGUGUAUAUAGUGUACACUGAUUUACAUAUGACCUGUCCUUUAUAGUUAACCUUUGACUGUACAAACACUUUACUUAAAGAAGACGCUAUCAUACUGUAGAGUAGAGAGAGAUAGAGGACUGUUCCUAUUCUCUUACCUUUCUUUUCUCUGGGAUUCUUUCCACUUUAGCUCAGAUUGUGAACUGGGUGACGGGGACAAAAAUAGUUGCAAACAUCUCUCUUAGUGACACUGUUCUGCGUAUGAAUCGUUGUUUUAUGCAGAUGAUGGAAAUGGUCGGUUUCAUGCACUGAUUAAUGUGUUUACCACGUCCUGGUUUCUGUCAGAUGAAUAGGAGCUGAGAGAGACCUGUGAACUUUUUCAGUAUUCUCUGCCGUCUCUCUUCUUUAUACUGUUUUCCUUUGUUUGCAACAGUUUCAAAAAGCCACUAACUCAUCAGCUUCGCAAUUAUUAUUCAUCACUGGAACCCUCACGUCUUUUGCUCAGGGCGAGAGAGGCACAGGGUUUAGUUAUAUACAAGUUUUAUUUAUGCCUGAAGGCUGCAGGCAAAGGGUUAUAUGUUUACUUUGUUUGGUAAAGCAUGAAUUAUGAUUUAGAAGAAGAGGACGAGUUAUUUUCACCUGUUAUUCCCACAGCUCUGUUCAGCACGUCUAAAUAACUUUAACCAAGUGCAAAGGCGUCCUUUUAUUCUAUAGGAUUUAAAGUCACAGUAAACAUUUCACAUGACUGAAAAUUCUUUAACGUUUUUGUUCUUCAAACUAAAGGCAGUUGUAGAUGUUUUGGUGAAAUCAAGGUUACAACAGCACAUGUGUGUUCCACAUACUUCCAGCAGACCAAUGGUAAACUGUGCAAUGGGCCUUAGGUUGUAAAAAAGUUUAUUCCAGAAAUAAUAAAUUGAAAAUUGAAAGCUGA